AGCUACACUCCAACACUCCAACAACAACAAAAUCGUCUCCGGGAAAACCUAUAAAAACAACAAUUAACUAAACAAUUGUCCAUACCUCGGUAUAAAGUCAAGAUGAAAUAUUGGCUAAUUUUCAGUUUAAUAUGUGGCCUAUUGGCCCUUAAUGGAGCUUCUCCCCUGCCCGGAGGUGGCGGUGGAGGCGGUGGUGGAGGUGGUGGUCGUGGCUGUAAUUGUGAACCUGGUGGUGGUGGAGGAGGCGGCGGCGGUGGUGGUGGCGGUGCUGGUAAUGGCCCAGGUGGAGCUGGCGGUGCCGGGGGUCCUGAUUGUGUCAGGCCAUCAUGGUUGCCACCAUGUCCAUAAAUUUUGAAUCUAUAUAUAAUUAAAAUAAGAAAACUAAACAAAAAA